AUGUUACCGUCUGCUAAAAAUUAUUUAACAAAGGGCGGACUAAACCCAAAGAUUGCGACGCUGGCCCUUAUUGGAAGCUUUCUGGUGGGAGCAAUCGGUAUUGCGGUGGUAUCGCAAAUUUUGCACCAAUAUAUUCCACAUUCCGUUGUGGACUGUGAUCACGAGCACGGUGAUGAAGAGGAGGGUAAGGACGAUGACGAGCAUGUAGGGCACGAUCAUUCACGUCCGAGCAGUAGGCCUAUGCAAGAGCAGUGGAACAGCUCCCUCGAGCACUCGCAUUCUUCCUAUGGUGGCACGGACCAAGCCCACCACCCGGGAUUCCCGGUCAGGAGACCUUCUUUGCAUACACAAAUAUCUACGAAGGUCACGCAGCUCGUAAAAGGUUCGAAACAGUUCUGCGAUGAGGAUGGGAAGUGCUUUGGUUACUCUGAUCCGUGUGGGAAUGAGUGCUUUAGGAACAUCCAACACGAUCGGGUGCCGCGACUACUACACUCCACAUCGAACAAGAGCCUAACAAGGCCGGCCGGCUCAAGAACACAGACACUUCCCGCCGAACGCCAGCCUCUUCUUCCAAGCAUCGCCAACCUCCCAGACGUCGAUGAAAACAGCCCCCUCACACCCACCGUCUCCGGCCCCGCCACCAUGGAGAACUCCCAAGUCAGCCUCUCCUCUAUUCACGGGAACGGCAAUGGUGCCGCCCACUCACUUCAUAAAAACCCCAGCCAGACGUCCCUCCGCUCCCAUGCCUCAGGCACUUCUCACGCACACCACCACCACGUCCCGACCAAUGCCUUCCUCUCCAUCGGCCUCCAGACCAGCAUCGCCAUCGCCCUCCACAAAAUCCCCGAGGGGUUUAUUACGUAUGCGACCAACCACGCCAACCCCCGCCUCGGCGUCUCCAUCUUCCUCGCCCUUUUCAUCCACAACAUCACCGAGGGCUUCGCUAUGGCGCUUCCACUCUAUCUCGCCAUCAACUCCCGCUGGAAAGCCAUGUUCUGGUCUGCCCUGUUGGGUGGUGUGUCCCAGCCGUUGGGAGCCGGCGUCGCCGCGCUGUGGUUCAAGCUCGCGAACAAGAGUGCUGGUGAAGGUGAGGGCGAGCCGGGCGAUUUGAUGUACGGAAUUAUGUUUGCGGUGACCUCGGGGAUCAUGGCGAUGGUGAGUCUACAGUUGCUAGGGGAGAGUCUGGAGUUGACGCAUAGUCGGCGGCUGUGCUUUGUGAGUGCGUUUGUGGGCAUGGGUAUCUUGGGGUUGAGUUCGGCGCUUACGGCGUAG